GGAGGCUGGCCAGCGUGAGGCAGCACAUUCUCCCAGCCGCAGCAGCAGCAGCAGCAGCGAACCUGCUGCAGUAAGAGGGCACCACAAGAAAUCGCAGCAGCAGCAGCAGCCAUUUGGGAUCCAGCCUGCCUGUGAACGCCGUGCUCUGUCCACCUCCUUCCUCCCUGCUGCCCAGGGCCGGGGGAGCGCUGCGCACAGCCGGAAGCCCGUUCGACAGCUGGCGGGGAGCACAGCAAGAGUCAAAAUGUCAGACAAAAGUGAUUUAAAAGCUGAGCUCGAGCGCAAAAAGCAGCGCUUAGCACAAAUAAGAGAGGAGAAGAAACGGAAGGAAGAAGAAAGGAAAAAGAAAGAGGCUGAUCAGCAGCAAAAGAAAGAGCCAGUUCAGGAAGAUUCAGAUCUAGAUCGCAAAAGAAGAGAGACAGAGGCUUUAUUACAGAGCAUUGGUAUAUCCCCAGAACCACCUCUAGUCCCAACCCCUAUGUCUCCCUCUUCGAAAUCAGUGAGCACCCCCAGUGAAGCUGGCAGCCAGGAUUCAGGAGAUCUGGGACCAAUAGGAAGGACCCUGCAGUGGGACACAGACCCCUCAGUGCUGCAGCUCCAGUCUGACUCUGAACUUGGACGCAGACUGCACAAGCUAGGUGUGUCAAAGAUUACCCAGGUUGAUUUCUUACCGCGGGAAGUGGUGUCCUACUCCAAGGAGACACAGACACCUCUUGCUACACAUCAGUCUGAAGAGGAUGAAGAUGAUGAUGAGAUUGUGGAACCCAAAGCACGGAAUGACUCAGAGACGGAAAAUCAAGAACAGAAACACGAAGUGAAAGAAGCUCCUCCUAGAGAAUUGACAGAGGAAGAAAAACAACAGAUUCUCCAUUCAGAAGAAUUCCUGAUAUUUUUCGACCGGACAAUACGUGUAAUUGAGCGAGCUUUGGCUGAAGAUUCAGACAUAUUCUUUGACUACAGUGGCAGAGAUGUAGAAGAGAAAGAUGGAGAUAUUCAAGCUGGAGCCAACCUUUCAUUUAAUCGUCAGUUCUAUGAUGAGCAUUGGUCAAAGCAUCGCGUUGUCACCUGUAUGGAUUGGUCUCUUCAGUACCCUGAAUUGAUGGUUGCAUCUUAUAACAAUAACGAAGAUGCUCCACAUGAGCCAGAUGGGGUGGCCUUAGUUUGGAACAUGAAGUUUAAGAAAACCACACCAGAAUAUGUUUUCCAUUGUCAGUCCUCUGUGAUGUCUGUCUGCUUUGCACGUUUUCACCCCAACCUGGUUGUUGGUGGAACAUACUCUGGCCAAAUUGUUCUGUGGGAUAAUCGUAGUCACAGGAGGACUCCAGUUCAGCGUACACCCCUUUCUGCUGCUGCUCACACGCAUCCCGUGUACUGUGUAAAUGUAGUUGGAACACAGAAUGCGCACAAUCUCAUUACAGUUUCUACAGAUGGCAAAAUGUGCUCCUGGAGCCUGGAUAUGCUCUCAACACCACAGGAGAGCAUGGAGCUGUCCUACAAUAAAUCCAAGCCGGUGGCAGUUACAGGAAUGGCUUUCCCAACAGGAGACGUCAACAACUUUGUGGUUGGCAGCGAGGAGGGUACCGUCUACACGGCUUGUCGUCAUGGAAGUAAAGCAGGAAUUGGUGAAAUCUUUGAAGGCCACCAAGGACCUGUCACGGGGAUCAAUUGCCACAUGGCAGUAGGUCCAAUCGACUUUUCCCAUCUCUUUGUCACAUCAUCAUUUGACUGGACAGUCAAGUUGUGGACCACAAAGCACAACAAGCCGCUCUACUCCUUUGAAGACAAUGCAGACUAUGUCUACGAUGUCAUGUGGUCACCCGUGCAUCCCGCGCUCUUUGCCUGCGUGGACGGGAUGGGGCGCUUGGAUCUGUGGAACCUGAAUAAUGACACCGAGGUUCCAACAGCCAGUGUGACAAUUGAAGGAGCUUCUGCCCUCAAUCGUGUUCAUUGGGCCCAGGCUGGGAAAGAGGUAGCAGUUGGAGAUUCAGAAGGCCGCAUCUGGAUCUAUGAUGUUGGAGAGCUCGCUGUUCCACACAAUGACGAAUGGACCCGUUUUGCUCGGACACUGGUUGAAAUCCGUGCCAACAGAGGGGACAGCGAAGAGGAAGGGACUGUAGAAUUGUCUGCCUAGAGAAAAGCAGGUUUCCACUGUUUGUCUAGCACAGCAUCUAUCCCCUGUUGAGUAUGCCAGUUUUUGGUGUCAAAUCAGUAUCGCUGUGGCUUUUGAUGCCCGUGUCCCUGCCAGCAUUGCUUAGAGAGCUCCAUGUUAAUCACACUGCGCUUUACACAAGGCUGAGAAUCUCCAGAGCUGUUCCAUAUUUUAUAUUUCUGUCUGAAACAUAAGAAAGAAAAGACAAAUCAAACCUUUAUGGGUUUAGCUGUUGCCUUUUAACUACUUAGUAGCUGUAUUUAAUAGCUAGAAACCAUGGUUAAACUUGUGCUCACAUGCACUUCUGGCAUAGUCCUAUUAAAUCCAUAUGAAGCCAGAUAUGAUUAUGUGCAGAUGUGGUGUGCUUCAUGAUAUGGGACUGGGCCAAAGACUUUAGAUGUGGUGUUUCACAUGGUGACUUACAUUAUGAAUGGAUGUACUAUACAAAAGCUGCUGCUCUUUAUUUAUUGCGGUGUGCUGCAUGGAACAUAUUUAUUUGAAAGCAUUAAAAUAAACGAGCCUAAAGCAUGUGCAUAAUGAGAGCACUGCAUUGUCUCUGUGCUGCUGUAGAGGCUACAUUACCUUUCAAAUAUUAAAGAUGUAAGAUCUAUAAAUA